UGAAUUAGGACCGGCCCACCUUUGGUACCACUCUCUUGGUUUGAUUUGAUUUGAGAGAGAGAGGGGAAAGAGAUCUUCCUCAGGCAUAAGGGUCUUUUGAGGUGAGCUGUCAAAUGAGGUAGAAGCUUUCAACAAGAAACCCCAGAAUCACUUGCUUGUGAAUGUAAGUCUCUGUACCAAAUGCAGAGACUAGAGAGAAAACCAAGAAAUAUUUGAGGUUCCUGGACUAGCUCUAGCUUUAGGGAAUAGGGUGUUCUUUUAUGUAUUGUAGGCCUUUCCACCCUGUUAUAUAUAGAAUCCCAGCUGCAAUCUUGAACUCAAGUGCUUUGAGUGAUCCAAUCUCCUUCUGUUUUUUCCUCUCAGCUCUAAUAAUCACAACAAUCAUCUUGGGUCUGAAGCAAUGAAGGGAAUAAGUUGUUGGUUUGUUAUAUCUCUUCAAAUCAUGAGCUGGCUUUCUGCAACAAGCAGACUUCUUCCUCCAAGUAAUGGUCUUGAUGUUCAUGAAGCAGGCUCAGGACAGAACCAAAUUAGUCCCAAUUUUCAUCAGUCUUCACGAGUUACCUUGGAACAGGGAUUGACAAGCUCAACUAGUGGAGUGGCAAAUACGAAUGAAAUAGCAAGUUUCAGAGGAGGAAGCAAAAUAGGGUCAAGCCCUCCCAGCUGUGAGAACAAGUGUUAUGGAUGCACUCCAUGUGAGGCUAUUCAAGUGCCUACUACAAAAAAACAAAACCAUUUCAGGGUUGAGUAUGCAAAUUAUGAGCCAGAGGGUUGGAAAUGCAAGUGUGGCCCUUUUUUCUACAGCCCUUAGACAAAUUUGAUUUCAGGCACUUCUGCUCCUUAAUUGUAUGUAGUCAAAUUGAUUAUUCCAUUGUAC